AUGGUGAGAUGGUCGUUCCGGCUGGAGACUCCACGCGCUGGCUUCGCCGCCGUGGAGGCUCUCCAGCCGGUCAUCGCCGAGUGGGCAGGGCGGCAGCACGGGACCCUUUCCUUCCGGCUGACGCAGGUGCUUUCCGGGCACGGUUGCUUCGGAAAGUACCUGUACUCGGUCGCUAGGAGGGAAUCGAGUCCCGCCUGCCACCACUGCGACUGCAGUGAGGAUUCGGCCCAGCACACGCUGGCGGUUUGCCCCGCAUGGGCGACGCAGCGCCGGGCCCUUACUGCAGUCAUCGGAGCAGAUCUCUCGCUACCGGCCGUAAUUCGCUCCAUGGCCGGUAGCGACAGUUGUUUUACCGCGGUCGCAACCUUCUGCGAGGAGGUAAUCUCGCAGAAGGAGGCGGCGGAGAAGGCCCGGGAGGACGACCUCCACUCGGACCUGAUCCGCCGCCGGCGAACCGGGCGGCGGAGGCGCGCUUACCUGCGCCUCAUGCCGCCCUGA